AUGCCAUCAGGUGCAAAGAAGAGGAAAGCUGCCAAGAAAAAGAAGGAAAUAGAGGCCAACAACGCCAGCUCUGCUAUUCCCGCUAAUGGAGAUGAUGAUUCGAAGGGCGAUGAUGAGAAAGAGAGUGAUGGUGGGGAGGUUAGCUCUCCUGCAUCACAGGACCACCAUAACCACCAGCAUCCGUUUACCGAGGGAGAGGAGUUAGAAGCGGAGAAGAGAGAAAUAGAGGUGGAAGGUGGUCAAAUUGAUAGUGAAGCGAAGCCUUCUGUAUCACAAGACAACCAUAGCCACCAGCAUUCAUUUACUGAGGGAGAGGUGGAAGAAGUGGAGAAGAGAGAAAUAGAGCUGGAAGGUAUAGUUCAGAUGGAUAGGGAAUUGAAGCCUGCCCAUGAAUCCGAGAGCAAGGAUAUAAAGAUUGAGUAUGUUGAACCUGAAAGGAAAACACAUGAGAAAGGUUCGUGGGAGAGCUCUAGUAGUAGUUCGGAUGAUGAGUCACAAGUUGAGAAGAAUGUAUUAUUGGUGGUGACAGCCCCUGUUGUUGAUUCUGCUUCCCAAGUGGUAAAUCAAGUAAUGGAUUGCAAUUCUCUUGAAGACUCCCGCAGUUCAUUUGUGGAAACUGCCCUUGUUGUGGACUUGGAUCAUGUUUCAUCGUUCGAUGAGGUGAUUCACCAAAACGGGAGUGCUUCAGUGGAUAAGUCUGUGAAUUGUGAUGUGGUUCAAUCAGUGCUGAAGGAAAAUGGGGAGAAAAAAUUACCCUUAUUGGAUGGGAAUGUUAGAUUUUCACCAGUUGUGCUCGAUUUGGGAUCCCAAGAAAAGGAGAAUGUAGUAGUCUCAAAAUCAGAUGAGAAUGCUGUGGCAUCUUCAGAUGCAACGCAACAGAAUCGUGAUAAACUGUUGCCAUCAUACGAUGCUCCUAGGAGUGAUAAUAGUAAUGGUGUGGAGCAUGCCAAAGAUUCUGAGGUUCAUGAAAAUUGCUCUGAUAGCCAGCCUCUCGUUGCUUCAGCUCCACAACUGGUGCAAACAACUUCCUGGAAGAGUUGCUGUGGACUUUUUGAGUUGUUCACAGACUCCAGUAGGUGAUUUCAGGUGGGAAAGCUUCUAUACUGUCCAAAAUAGAUGCGGACAUGAGUUUUUUUUUAUUGUUGCAAUAAGACUAACCAUGCGUUAUGGUACAUAUUGUUGCCGGCUAAGAAACGACACUUUUAGAACUCAAGUGUGGUUAAGUUGAAAGUGGUACUGUAGGCUGGAGGAGAAAACUGAAGAAAAGAAUAAGACGGGAGGAGAAGAAAAGAAUGCAAUGUGAAAUAGGGUCUUAAUCUGAGUUGAGAUCAUCCCUACACCCACGUAUAUAUGUUAAACCUAAUCCAGAAACUGACAAUAGCACCUCUCAUUUCUAGACUAGCAAUUUAAGCCAAAACUCCCCCUCGAGGGGGUCCAUAGUGUGCAAGUUGCAUACACGUGAAUGAAAAAAACUACUAAAAGGAAAGACAUAGGAAGUUGGUUAUCAUGCUUCAGAAAUGAUGCAUAAAUCAAGCCUUUAUCCUGGUUCUCCUCAAAGAAUUGGUAAUCAGUUUCAGCAUAUAUUUUUGGGUUGUGAGGAAUGUUGAUGGUGAUUUUAUUGUCACCAUUCCAAAAAUAAAAAUUUUGUUUCGAUGCCUAGUUUAGGUCAGCUUAGAUAUGACGUGGCGGAAAAAAAUUCAGAAAUACGAAGAUAAUAAAGAAAAAAUUUAAAAACUUAUUUGUCUAACAUUCGGAAACAUUGAUCGA